UAAUACACCUGCGACUUUGCCUGAUUUAAUGAAUGCUCUUCUCCCUGCGCUCGAAUCGCAUGCAACAGUACCCAGCGAUUUUACGAGACACCAGCCUCUAGAUAUUCUAUUGGCAGAAGAUAACAUAGUUAAUCAAAAACUGGCAUUGAAAAUAUUAGAGAAGUUUGGUCAUCGAGUAGAGAUUGUAUCGAACGGUAAACUAGCUGUGGAAGCAUUCAAAUCCAAACGAUAUGACUUGAUUCUUAUGGAUGUUCAAAUGCCCAUAAUGGGAGGAUUUGAAGCAACACAAAAUAUCCGAGAAUGGGAGAAGGAACAUGGCGGACGCAUUCCUAUAAUUGCCUUGACAGCACACGCAAUGAUAGGGGAUAGAGAUAAAUGUUUAUCGUUUGGUAUGGACGAAUAUGUGACGAAACCACUAAGAAUGAAUGAUCUUAUAGCCACGAUAAAUAAAUUUCCUGUAAGAAAUCCAAUAGAGGAUUUAACAAUGCCAGAUGAGCGAAACGCCCACCAAGUGUAA